AUGGGCUGCCAAAACUCACAGCCAGUAGAUUCUUCGUCUGGGUUCUUCUUCAACCCCGAUGGAGACAAGAUCUACGAGGACAUUCGAGAGCACUACAGCAUAGGACAGGUGCUGGGUUCUGGAAGUUUCGGCCAAGUCCGGGUUUGUACCCUCCUAGAAAAUGGCGAGCGGAGAGCGGUGAAACUAUUAGAUCAAAGCCAACCAGAUAGUGUGCCCAUGUUCUGUCAGGAGAUCAAGUUGCUCCUAAAAGUUCAUAGCGAGCACAUCAUCCAAUUCUACGAAUACUUCAUAGACCAUCAUUUCCUAUACAUAGUCAUGGAACUUUGCACCGGAGGCGAACUCCUCAAAAAAGUGAUUGAGAUGAGGCGCUUCUGUGAAGAGGACGCAGCCCGUGUGUGCCGUCAGGUCGUGUUGGCCAUUGCCGCAUUGCAUUCGGCUGGUAUUUGUCACCGAGACAUCAAGGCUGAGAACCUCUUACUCGAUGGAAGCGGUGAUGUUAAGACGUGCAUAGUGAAGUUGAUCGAUUUCGGCCUGGCCACCAGCGUUCAUAGCACCGGGCGUCUCAGUGAGCUUUGCGGUUCAGCGCACUAUCUUGCGCCGGAGCUUCUCGGUCAGAACUACAGCUUUCCCGUUGAUUUGUGGAGUCUGGGAGUACUCAUGUACCUUCUACUGUAUGGCUACUAUCCCUACGACGGGCCGUCUUCGAGGGAAAUUAUGAUGCAAAUCUUGAGGAACCGUAUCCAAUGGACGCAUCGAAAAGAAAAGUACAAACUCUCUCCGGAAUGCCUCAAGUUCCUCAAGGGUCUUCUCUGUCGAACUGAAGUUGAUCGACUCACAGCAGAGAGACUCAACCCUACCGCUGUGGAAGAGAUCUCUGGUCGACCCGAGUUCGUUCGGCGGGACAAUAAAGUGAUGACAGCACCGAGCAGGACAUGGUGGUUUAGCAAGUUCUCGAUGAGGUCUAGCAGUCGGGAGAUGCAGGGCGGACAGAGAUUGUCCGACCUCAUACCUAGCGGAGGUAGAGGACAACGGACUGACAGACGCAUCAGACGUCGAAGCUCCGAAGCGGACUUAGAAGAAGGGGACAAGGCCAAGCUUCGGGACAGUAUCGAGCCCUCGCGGUCUGGGAAGUUGCGGGGCUGA